GCGGAGUAGCGAUCCCCCUAGCGGCAGGUUCGUGAAGUAGUCGUGGGAGGGGGACUCCAUCAGCUGAUCCGUGUCGUCUGCUGUUCAGUCGACUGGCAGGAGUGGUUGCGUGUGGACUGUACGACGGAUCCUUCCCUGAGACGGCUCCUAUUGCGUUCGUGUGGUUAUUGUUAUAGGUACAAUUACAAUUAUGUGAGGGGAUCUCGCGACGUCCAAGUGCCUGCAAAGGACAGCGUAUCGAAAAGUAAUUUUGAACUGGGAAGUGUUGUUCCGACUGUGACAGGAGUAGUGUGUGAGAGUGACUGAGCAGAGCAGUAGACUCGGGUCUGGCUGGUCCGCCAACACAUUGCUGACCGGAACCUCGACCUCACCUGCGGCAGGAUGAGUGGGGAAGUGCUUACAUUCUCCUCCCCACAAGAGGAGGCGGACUACUGGAGGAAGAAAGCAGCGGAAUACAAGCAAAGCCUUGAAGAGACGCGGGAAGAGCUGGAGGAAUUCCAGAGCGGCAGCCGAGAGCUUGAGGCGGAGCUGGAGGCUCAGCUGGAACAGACUGAAAGUCGGUGCUCCGAGUACCAGUCACAGCUGAAUCGCCUGGCCAUCGAAAACGAUUCCCUCAAGGAACGGUUGGAGCGUCUACACAAUGAAUUCAACGGGCAAGUGUCCUCCCUACAAGGGGAAUUGUCAGAAAUUAAGAAUAUCAAAGAGGACCUCACACGCUACAUCCGGGAACUUGAGCAAGCAAAUGAUGAUUUGGAAAGAGCUAAAAGGGCGACAGUGACAUCCUUAGAGGACUUCGAGGCUAGGCUUAAUUUAGCGAUUGAGCGAAAUGCCUUCCUUGAGUCUGAGCUCGAUGAAAAGGAGGCGCUGAAGAUCAUGGUGCAAAGACUGAAGGACGAAGCCAGAGAUCUUCGGCAGGAACUGAGUGUAAAGAACAAGGACGACGACGAGCCAGAUAAUGACAAGGCUUUGCAACACCAGCAGAAUAAUCACCUGCACCUUCAACCUCCUCCCAAGUUACAGCCUCCUACUCAGACAGUCUCUGAUGAAAAUGUUGAUUCCAAUAAACUUGUUUCCAGCACACAGCUCACAGAUUCUGUUCCAAGCACACCUGUAAAAACACACCCUUUGCACAACAUAAACAAUGGAAGUGUACCAAUGACGCCAUCAGCAAGGAUAUCAGCUCUCAAUAUUGUGGGAGACCUUUUAAGAAAAGUGGGGAUGAAAAUCCAGCAGAUUAACAGGGACUUGAAUAGGGUGAACUCAGUAUUCAAAGCAGAAAGAACCAGCUGACAUGCGGCUCCCCCACCAUCCCCACCACUGUGAUUCCUGCGUAGAGCUACCAUACACCAAAAUUGAUUCCCAGACAGACUCAAGAGGGAGAGUAGCUGAACGCCUCAAGGAUAGACCACGCAUUCCAAAACAGUGCUCGAUAACGUUAAGGAAAAGCCAGAUAACGAAUGAUAUAAAUGGCAUUGCUUUUACACACAGAACUCCUGAAUUGGCCAGAAAACCAUGUGAAUCUAGUUUAAGAAGAGGCAUUUCAGAAUACAUGCCUCGCAGACUACUGGGACGGCAGCAAAGUCAAUGCAGUCAUGUCUGUGGCAAUAGUUACCCUCUCUAUGUAACAAAAGAUGAAUAUUUUUUCUAAAAAGGAAUCCCAAAAGACUUGUCCCUUUUAAGUUAAAUUCACUUCUAUGCUGCAGGAGUAGGAGGCUCUCCAGGAUGUCCUUGUAUAUGUAAAUAGUUAGGUUAAUUGAUUGAAGAAAUUAUUGAUGCAUCCAUUUUAGCAAAGAUCCUUUUUUGUUGUGGCAUAACAAGUGGUAAGAUAAUUAUGUUUUGAAAUACUGCUGUGUGCACCUCCUAGGUAAGCUUUUUAUUUCAAGGAAUUUGCUUUUAGUUCAUCAGGUGCUCCAUUUUCCUGCAAUCUGUGGAAAGUUAUUAAAUUUAGCAAGCAGAUGCCUAAAUAUCCUGCCUGUUAUCUGCAUUGUGAUAUUGAUCAAAAGAGCCAACAGGAGGCAGCAAAGCACAUAGCAGCAGCACAGUGUUAGUGAUGGACCUCACAGUUAGUCACAUCAUUGUGAUCAAAUCAAGUGCCCAAGAAUCCCAUAUUGUGACACAGAAAAGCUGAUAAAUGCACACCGCCUUUAUUUAUGAGAGUCAUCAGUGUUAUGGUAGUGAAAUGCAUUGCAGGCUUAUGAUCUUGUGUAUAUGUGUAUACCAUGGGAAUCUUCAUGGAUAUCAGCCAAACAUUGAUGCGUCUUUCUUAAGCAUAAUUUUAUUGAUAGUGAAAAGUUUCUUUGCUGUAACUGAGAUGUUAAAAGUAGAUAUUUCAAUUUGAUUGUACACUGUACUUGUCAUUCACAGUGAAUACUCUCGAGUUGUGCUUAAGAAAUGGUGUCGCAGCCUCAUCUUCUAGUUUCCUCUGUCAAAUUCCAGUUUUGUACAUAAUGGUAACUCUUCAGUUCCUUGAUAUCUCUUGUUACAUAUUGAUAUGAGCUGUACCAUAGCUUCUUGGUAGAUUGGACAAUAUCACCUAUGUAAUUUAUGAAAGGUUCCUCCUGAAGCAGAGGUUAAUGGUACAAUGUUUCAGAUGCCCAAGUUUUAUGUGGCAGAUAAGUAGGCUAAUAAUCAAGUCUUGAAAUUAAAUUAUGGAUUGUGUAAGACCUUUUUUUUAUGAUUGGUUAAAUAGAUUCAGUAUUGUACUGUAAUCACCACUUCAGAACCAAACACAAAAACCUGCGUAACUAGCCUAAGACUCGGUGAUAAAAGAAAAGAUUAUCAGCAGCUGGGCAUAUUGUCCCAGAUGACUGUAGUUUCUGGGAGUGUCAGGUUUUAUCUUGCAAUGAUGUCACAUCUCCAAAUAUUCAAUCAGCAAAAUAUUUUCUCCACGUGCUUGGAUAAGCCUUUUGUUUAAUUUGAUAUUUUUUAUUUUUUCUAUAUAGUUUUAAUAUAGACAGUUAUCAAAUUAGUCUCAAGAUUAGAAGAAAAAAGAAAUCUGACCCUAAGAAUCUUUUCCAUGAUUGACAUUGAAAAAUAUUGGCAAUGGACAGGAUACAAUGUAUUCCUUUCCUUUUAAAGAACAAGUGAUGAAUAUUUACAUUUUAUAUUGCAUAUUUUGUUUAUUAGAUUGGUCUCUAUUCUCAUUAAAAAUUAGCAGAAACA